AUGGCUCAUAACAAGAUCCCGCCGCGGUGGCUGAACUGUCCGCGGCGCGGCCAGCCUGUGGCAGGAAGAUUCUUACCUCUGAAGACAAUGUUAGGACCAAGAUAUGAUAGUCAAGUUGCUGAAGAAAAUCGGUUCCAUCCCAGUAUGCUCUCAAAUUAUCUAAAGAGUCUGAAGGUUAAAAUGGGCUUGUUAGUGGACCUGACAAACACUUCAAGGUUCUAUGACAGAAAUGACAUAGAAAAAGAAGGAAUCAAAUAUAUAAAACUUCAGUGUAAAGGACAUGGUGAGUGCCCUACAACUGAGAAUACCGAGACAUUUAUUCGUCUGUGUGAGCGGUUUAAUGAAAGAAACCCACCUGAACUUAUAGGUGUUCAUUGUACCCAUGGUUUCAAUCGCACUGGUUUCCUCAUAUGUGCCUUUUUGGUGGAGAAAAUGGAUUGGAGCAUUGAAGCAGCAGUUGCUACUUUUGCUCAAGCCAGACCACCAGGAAUUUAUAAGGGCGAUUACUUGAAAGAACUUUUUCGUCGCUAUGGUGAUAUAGAGGAAGCACCACCCCCACCUCUAUUGCCUGAUUGGUGUUUUGAGGAUGAUGAAGAUGAAGAUGAGGAUGAAGAUGGAAAAAAGGAAUCAGAACCUGGGUCAAGUGCCUCCUUUGGCAAAAGGAGAAAAGAACGGUUAAAACUGGGUGCUAUUUUCCUGGAAGGUGUAACUGUUAAAGGUGUAACUCAAGUAACAACUCAACCAAAGUUAGGAGAGGUACAGCAGAAGUGUCAUCAAUUCUGUGGCUGGGAAGGGUCUGGAUUCCCUGGAGCACAGCCUGUUUCCAUGGACAAGCAAAAUAUUAAACUUUUGGAGCAGAAGCCAUAUAAAGUAAGCUGGAAAGCAGAUGGUACUCGGUAUAUGAUGUUGAUCGAUGGCACAAAUGAAGUUUUUAUGAUUGAUAGAGAUAAUUCGGUGUUUCAUGUUUCAAAUCUGGAAUUUCCAUUUCGUAAAGAUCUCCGUAUACAUUUAUCAAAUACUCUCUUGGAUGGGGAAAUGAUUAUUGACAGAGUAAAUGGACAGGCUGUUCCUAGGUAUUUGAUAUAUGACAUAAUUAAAUUCAAUGCACAGCCAGUUGGAGAUUGUGAUUUUAAUAUUCGUCUGCAGUGUAUAGAAAGAGAAAUAAUAAGUCCUCGACAUGAAAAAAUGAAGACUGGGCUCAUUGACAAAACACAGGAACCAUUUAGUGUCAGAAAUAAGCCAUUUUUUGACAUCUAUACUUCAAGAAAGCUACUUGAAGGAAAUUUUGCCAAAGAAGUCAGCCAUGAAAUGGAUGGACUUAUCUUUCAGCCUAUUGGAAAAUAUAAACCUGGUCGAUGUGAUGAUAUUUUGAAAUGGAAGCCUCCUAGUUUGAAUUCUGUGGAUUUUCGCCUAAAGAUAACAAGAAUGGGAGGAGAAGGGUUACUUCCUCAGAACGUUGGCCUGCUCUAUGUUGGAGGUUAUGAAAGACCCUUUGCCCAAAUCAAGGUGACAAAAGAGCUAAAACAGUAUGACAACAAAAUUAUAGAAUGCAAAUUCGAGAAUAACAGCUGGGUCUUCAUGAGACAGAGAACAGACAAAAGUUUUCCUAAUGCCUACAACACUGCCAUGGCUGUGUGCAACAGCAUCUCCAACCCUGUCACCAAGGAGAUGCUGUUUGAGUUCAUCGACAGAUGUGCGGCGGCUUCUCAAGGACAGAAGCGGAAGCAUCAUCUGGACCCUGACACAGAGCUCAUGCCUCCACCGCCCCCCAAAAGACCUCGCCCUUUGACCUAA